GGGCAAAGAGCUCCAUCAUUCUGGCCCAGAGGAAAUGGUUCACCUGCUACAGUCAGAAGUUUCCCCAAGCACACAGCUGACCCAGCAGUGUGCAGAGGAGUGAAUGGCCCAUGUUGUGUUAGUGCCUGUCUGCCAUGCUGGCCUGUCUGCCAGGACCAGGUGACCUCUCCUUUCAGCUUCUUUCUUACACGCAGAUGAACACUGGACUUCAGAAAUGGGACACUACACAGAAAAUGAGAUCUGCACAGUAUCCUACCCCAGCAGAAUUGGAUGCCUAUGCUAAGAAGGUCGCCAACAACCCCCUGACUAUAAAAAUUUUUCCAAACAGCGUCAAGGUUCCGCAACGCAAACACAUACGCCGUACUGUGAACGGACUCGACACUUCGGGCCAGAGGUACAGCCCUUACCCAUCUCAGGCCACCACGAAAACCGGCCUCCUGGCCAUCGUCAAGUCUCCAGCGAAAGGAAUCCUCAAGGACUUUGACGGCACGCGCACACGCCUGCUGCCGGAGGCGAUGAUGAACCCCCCUUCCACGCCGUACGUUGCACCGAGCACUUUAACCCACCCCCAGGCGCUUGCUCGCCAGCAGGCUCUCCAGCAUGCACAGACUUUGCCGCACCCCCAGAGCAUCCCGCAGCCGCAGGCUUUGCAGCACCCUCAGGGUAUUCCGCAGCCGCAAAGCUUAGCCCACCCUCAGGGGAUUCCGCAGGCGCUGCCGCACCCUCAGAACGUGCCGCAGCCUCAGGGCUUGCAGCAUCCUCAGACCGUGGCACACCAGGCGCUGCAGCCCCCCCCGAACCCUUUGCUGCAGCCGGCUUUACAUGGGAGCAGAAAGAUGCCGGAUGCGGACGCGCCGCCGAAUGUGACCGUGUCUACCUCAACCAUUCCCCUCUCUAUGGCUGCCACCCUGCAGCAGAACCAGCCACCGGACCUGAGCAGCAUCGUGCACCAGAUUAACCAGUUCUGCCAGGCCAGAGCUGGCAUUAGCACUACCUCAGUGUGUGAGGGACAGAUCGCAAACCCCAGCCCCAUAAGUCGCAACCUGCUUAUCAAUGCAAGUACCAGGGUCUCUACUCACAACGUCCCCACGCCCAUGCCUUCCUGUGUAGUGAACCCUGUCGAUCACGCCGCUGCUGCUAUCCCUUCUGCCUCUGUUAACGUGCCCAUGGUGAAUAUCAACAGGGUGCCUCCCGCCUACCAGAACGAAAUCAAGUCGGUGGCGUGGAACCAGCACCAGCUCGCUCAUCUGCAGCAAAUGUGUGGGGACGCCGCCGGGCCCGCCGCGCUGGCGGGGAAGCACGCUCCGAGAGAGAUGGCGGGGCAGGGUUUCCCUGGCAAAGCCUCCAGCUACCCUCAAGAACUGUGCAUGGGCCAGUCCUUCGGCCUGAAGCCCCCCAUUGAGAAGCCCACGCCCUCCCCUCCCGUCAACGGCCUGCAGGGACCCUUGCCGUACACCAACGGGCACUACUUCCAGCCCAUGUGGAAUAACAUUCUGCCCACCCCCAACAGCGACAGCUCUGGCUCCCAGGACCUCGCCAUGCCUUUCCACGGGGGACCGCCGGCCGGAGCAGCGCUCGAUUGUGCAGCAGGACCUCAUUACAGAGCUGGGGCCGGCCCGUCCAGCCAGAACAACGUGAUGCAGACCGUGGAUUACCUAAGUGGGGACUUCCAGCAGCCUUGCUUCAGAGAUCAGAGCAUGGCCGUGCUGGGAAAAGUCCAUCGGCCUCCCAUGAACCGAGCACCUGAACCGAGCGAUAGUCGAAAUCUUCAUAUUCAGCACCCAGGGUAUAGAUAGGCUGCAGUCACUUUCACAGACAAAAUUAGAGGUUUAGUCUUAAUUUUAACGAAGAAGCAAGGCAUUUUUAACUUGCAAACUUGCGUGAUCAUUAUAGUAACCGUUGGAAGAAGACAUACUGUAUAUUUAAAAGCUUUGCUUACGUGUUUUCUCUCUCUCCUUUAUGCAUCAAAUAUUUAACAUGCCUUUUGUUUCCAAGAAUUUCAUUACACUACUCCACGCCGCCGCUGUUUCCUCACCACUGAGUCCCCGUGCUGCAGCUCCUGCUCAGUACCCGCGUGCCGGACCCAUGGUGAGUUGCUGCAGGGUUUCACAGCUGCAUCUGUUGCCCAUCGAGGUAGCAUAGCUGCUUUUCCACCUCAGUUUCCUCCAAAGAGCAGCAGGAUUUGUCAGGAAGCAGGGCUUUUCAACUCGAAAGCCCCGCUUCGUUAAUGCAUCAAACGCUGACCGUUCUCAGCAUCCAGAGGCCUGUUCCAUGGGAGAGAAGCACGCACAGAGCGAGCUCAGGGGGGGUUGAGGCUUUGAGACAGGAAGAAGCUUUUUGGCCGUUGCCGAGGCUCAGUGUGAAGCCAGCAGGACAGGACAGGCUGCCCCAGGUGCUGCCUCCCUGCCCUUCGGUCACCAGCUCUGAGCCCCUCGCCGCUCUCAGGCCUGCUUGCCCACAGGGAAAGGCUUUCCUUAGGGAUCCCAGCCCUGCUCACAGCUGGGUUCAGCAGCCAGGGGAGCAGGAGGUGGUGGGACCUGGAGCCCCGCUCCCUCCAUCAGGGCAGCACGUUCGCUAGGCUGCUUCUCUCCAGGGCUGAGCAGCUCUAAUGCUCCUUUCCCAGGGUCUCGGUGCCUCCCCCUCCCUCCCUCCCUGCUGUGACACUAACCACAAACCUCUGCUUCCCAGCAUCCCUAUCCCUUCCUAGAGCCAAAUCUGUUGUAAGCAGAAAACCUCUCCCUUAACUAAUACUUGAACAUAAUGAUCACCACCAAGUUUGGAAAUUAAAAACAGGCGAAAAGCGAAACGCAUCAAUUCUUUCUCUGUACACUGGCUGAAAAGAAAAAGAAGAAAAAAGAAGAAAAAAAGGAAACUCCUGCUCUACACUGUAAGCUGUAAGUGUAAUGUUUCUGUAUGAAUGUCGCCCAGUAGCGUGGGUCCGAGUAGCGUUGUGUGUGGGUGAGCCUCCCUCCCAGCCCCGGGGAAACGAAGCCUUAAGAACCUCCUCCUCCAUGAGCACGGUGUGGGAUCCUGACGGACAUCCGCUGGCACUGAGAGCAAACGAACCACAGCAGGCCUUCGCCAGCUCUGAAGUGGCGUCGGAGUUGGCUGGAGGUCACAAACCCAUCGAUUUGUAUUAUUUUGUUUUCAUUUCGACGUGUGGCCCUGGGCUGUAAGGAAUCUUCGGGGCUCAGGGCUUGAGCAGGGUGCUUUUCCCAGCUCCUCGCACGCCUUGGUGCACUUCUGUCCUCCCUUCAGGUCUCGGUGUGCUGCUCUCCAGCAAUGGCUCGUUAGCAAGGUUCAUCAAUUUGCCUACAGGUGGAUCCGACGAUGCGUCGGUUUGUGUCGCCUCCUAGUUCGGAAGGAAGAAAACUUGCCUGAUUGUGUUAUGCCAAACGAUAGCAACAUGAAGUCCUAAUUUAUUGUUCAUUAAUCGUAUUCCUGCAGUCUUUGUGAAUGGUAAAUAUACAUCUAUGAAAGAACUGAGGUGCCCAGGCUUUUCGUGCAGCGUUUCUCUGAUGGCGGGAGGCCGAGGCUGCGCCCCAAAUCCUUUUCUACUCAAUAAAACCUUGGCGUCUCCUCUCUUACCCUGCUGCAGUUUGAACCCAGGGCGGCGGUGGUGGCGGUGGCUUCCGGCAGGGGGGGGUCAGAAGGGCUUCUUAGCCCCCCCAGCCCUGUGCUGGGAGCAGAACAGAAGGGGUGCAGCACCCGGAGCUGGAAUCGCUCAGCGUCGGGUGCAGGGGGCGGCGUGGGGCUGAGAAAAGGUGGAGGGGAUCCACGAAGGGGACUUGGAGCAUCUGGAGACCCGGCAGCAGGGAACCAAGGGGGAUUUGUCCCCUCAGCCGUGAUGACAUCUGCAGCCCGUGAGGACAAAGCUGCAAGAAGGGAGAGCAGAACGGCGGGCUCCGAACCGCGCCUGCUGGGACCAACGCCUGCCGCCUGAUUUCCCAGCCCUCCCCCGUCCGUCUCAAUGCUCCUCCAGCGCUGCGAGGCCGCGUGGUAAAAUCGACUGACCGUAUUUCACCUCAUUCAUUGAAGCCGAUUUCGAGGCAGUUGGGUCCAAGCCGUGAAUUCCGUGGGGGUGGAUGGCCGCCGUCCUGAGAGGUGCCAAAUCCAAAGCCCCACCGAACGCCCGCGCCCUCGGGAGGAGGAGGAGCCGGGGAGGGCGAAACCCACCGGGCUUUGAAUAAAGGCCGAGAAAAGCG